UUCUUAUCGACUUGUUGAGCUAUUGUAUGCCACAGUAGGCUAGUAAACAACAGUAAGAUGGCGGCAGGGCGGACGAGUGAAACCUUUGAUAGCGAGCCAGGCGGGUGAGAACGAAACCUUUAAGUUUCUCAGUGCGUUUAUUAAGGUUUUUAUUUUGUGUAACACAUGGAGAAUGCACAUACUUUGGAUGUUUCUCCAGAAGACAAGUCACAGCCCACCGCAAAAACUUCCAAAAGACGUUUAAAAACGCGCUCCAAAGUUUGGGAGAAAGUUGCAUGGUUCACCCGAAAAACUAAACAAGGGAAAGGGAGUAAAGAGAACACUCCUGAGACUUUCAGGAAAGCAGAUAGGGAUCGGACUCUCCGAGGACGAAAUGUCUGCCUUGAAGCCGACAUACAUUUUGCCGACUCUAGAUUUGCCAAUUCGUUAUCUUGCAACUCCGUAAAAACUAAACCAAAGUUUGGGGUAAAAAAGUCAAGGAGCUUCAACUACCUCCGGAAACGCAAGUUAAAACAGUUUGACCAGGAGUUGGAUUCUGUUUUUGUGGAAGAGUCGAACUGUCAAACGGCAACUGGAACCUUUCAUGAUUUUUCAUCAGAGAGGACACAAUUUUCUCGUCGCCAAAGAGACGUCUGUUCAUCUACCAAUAACCCCCUUCUAUGCAAAAUGGCCCGGGAAAUCGGCAUUGAACACAAAGAAACGACAAAACAAAUGAUCAACGCAUCGACAGAACAAAACCCAAGGUCUUUAUCACUCAACGAUUGCUUUGUUGAUAGGAGAAGAAAAUGUAAUGAUGUGUCAAAGUCUAUUCAAGAUUUUCCCAAUUUACAAAGUUGCAGAAGUUUUUGCAGCCGAACAUACAAUACCUGGCCUAGAAAAACCCGAUUUACAGUAGAUUGUAAUGCUGAACCACUCAGUCCUCCUACAAAACAGAAACGGAUCAUUGGCUUGAGAAAAAGUGCUACAUUUAAUGGAUUUGAUUCCUUUAAGAUUGGUAUCAUCAACCAUGAAAGCUUGGGACUUGGGAAAAGUACUCCAUUUCUGUCUGGUCAUAGUCAAAUUAUGAACCAAAAUGGCAAGACUGUUGGUGUUAUCCACUUUUUUAAAAGCCCCCAAAGAAGCAAAGCACAUAGGCUGGUUGCAAUUAACUCUGCUAAUGCCGAGUGUGCUGAAGCAAUAUCAAGAAAUAAAAUGACAAAUGUAGAUUUGAUGUUGCCACAUCAAAAACAUUUGGGUAUGGCUUCAGAAGAAGAAUAUAUGGAAUUUCAGGAUUCACAACCAGCCAGCCCUGAGGAUAAAAGUAAAAACAUGCAUUUAAGCAAUACAGGGCAGGGCUGUAGGGACACUGAGGAGCAAGGAUACAUAGAAAACAUCACUCACAAAACCUUGAUUGCCAUGGGAAGCAGUCUAGGAGCUGUUGCUACUAUGAAGGAAUGCUUUGUAGUAGAAGACGAAUCAGUGGAGUUCUCUGUCAUUCCUGAAAACAGCACAACAUGUAGCGCCCUUUAUCCUGAAGUUGUUCUUAGUACAAUAAGCAGUAAAUGCAAGAGUAUUGAUGAAAAAGUUGAAGAGCUUUCUAAUAUGAACUCUGUCACUGGUGUAACUGGGUUGGGUUUGAUUGAAGAUACGGGGGAGGAGGAAGCAGAUAAUAUGCCUGCUACUAUAGCGUGUUCAGAAAACUACACAUUUACAGGCUUGACUCAAGUUAAGGUAUCAGAUAAUGAACCCAUGGGAGAUAUUCAGCAUUCUGCUGAUAACGACUCUGUGGAUACUGCAAUGCAAGGCACCUCACACUUUAAUGAUGCAUGUACAAGUGACAGUUUACCAGUUAGAUGCUUACAGAAUACUAAAGAAACACAUUCUAGACAAUUAAUGAAUUCAAAUGAGAAGCAGAGUUUGUCAAAGAAACAUGGUCUGAUUUGUGCAGAGAGGCCUAAAGUCGAUGGCUCCACCUUUAUGCAGCAAACGGAAGCUUUCUUGAAGUGGUUUGCAGAAUUUAAUGACGAGCAGAAGAAUAUUCUCAUUCGUAAAAUACUUGAUAAGUGUGAACUGCCUCAGAUGCAUCUCCUGUCUGUCUUGAUGGAGCCCAUACUGCAUAAAACUUGCCCCUCAAACUGUCAAGACAUGUUGGCUUGGCUACCACAUAAUGUCACAUCAGUGAUCAUGUCGUAUCUAGAUCCAGUGAGUCUAUGCCGAUGCAGUCUUGUGAACAGACUUUGGCAUGACUUAGCAAACAUGCCAGCCCUGUGGCAGAGGUUAUGCAGCAAUGAUGAGUGGAAGGUCUCCAGGGUUGGGGAGAAGCAACAGUUCCAGAGACACACUCUCCCAAGUGGCAUCAUUCAGUGGAAGAAGAUGUUUGCUGAGCGCUUUCUCCUGAGAAAAAACUGGCUGAAUGGGAGAUGUGAUGUUCGCACUUUUGAGGGCCACACCCAAGGAAUUUCAUGUGUUCAGUUUGAUGACACUCGUAUAGUCAGUGGCUCAUCAGACAAGACCAUUAAGGUGUGGGAUCUGAGUAGGGAAGACACCAGUGCAGUGCUAACCCUAGCAGGGCACUCUGGCACUGUGCGCUGCCUUAACCUCAAUGGUAACAGACUUGUCAGUGGCUCUGUAGACAGAUCCAUCAAGGUGUGGGACUUGUCAUUUGAGUCAUAUUGGAGUGGGGCGUCUUGUAAGGUGACCAUGGUUGGUCAUAUGCACACUGUAAGGUGUCUUCAGGUGGAUGACGAGAAGGUUGUGAGUGGGUCUUAUGACAAGACACUCAAAGUAUGGGACAUCAAGACUGGCAACUGUAAGCUUACUCUCAGGGGCCAUAAUGCUGCUGUGCUGUGUGUGCAAUUUGAUGAAAGCAAGAUUGUUUCUGGAUCAUAUGAUAAUACAAUCAAGGUGUGGAGUCUCGUGGAAGGCAGUUGUCUAAUGACCCUUGCUGGACACCAUGAUGCUGUUACCUGUCUUAAUCUAACCCUCGACCGCAGAAAGGUUAUCAGUGGUUCCCUGGACCACAACCUUAAGUUCUGGGAUCUUGCUACUGGAAAGUGCAUUGGAACAUUGGAUUGGAUUCGAUCAGAAGGGCAUACUGGAGUAAUCAGGUGCCUGCAGUCUGACAGCUGGCGGAUUGUUAGCGCAGGGGAUGACAAGACACUAAAGAUGUGGAGCCUUGAGUCAGGGCAGCGGCUGCUGACCUUGCGCUGCCAUACAGAUGGGGUCACAUGUCUGCAGUUCAAUGACUACAGAAUUGUGUCUGGCUCCUAUGACAAGACUGUCAAAGUGUGGGAUUUCUCUCCCAAGCACGAGUUUCUCAGUCAUGGGUAAAAUUACCAAUCAUCCAGCAUGCAUGUAGAUGUGCAGUAAAGGGAUACCAAUCAUCCAGCAUGCAUGUAGAUGUGCAGUAAAGGGAUAUCGACUGUAGGUGUUGGGUAUGCAAAUAUAAAUGCUGUAGGUUGCAUUUGAAGAACUUGGGGAAGGUUUCCCCCCCUCUCCACCCCCAAUAUUAGGUGCAAAAACGUCAUACAUGAAUUUCUUAUUGCUGUUGUUUUGACACUUUCACUGUACUUGCCCCUUACAAAUCAGUAUAGUGGUAUCAAUUCAAUUGCCCUGACCACAAAGGAGUCUUGUAAUCAUGAAAAAUACUGCAACGUCACUGUCACUUAUUUUUAUCCUUUUUCUCAGUGGGGGUACAUUCAUGUCUAGUACAUACAUCCUGCUAUGAUAUCAGGAAUCACAAGUCAGGGUCUAUAAACCGAUGACAGGGAAACCAAACACUCAAAUGCAAUUGUUGGACUUUGAUGAUGUUUUUUUUAUUAGAUCUGCAAGUGUACAUUGCACGAGUCCAUAAAAAAACGUCUGUCUUGUUUAAAAAGCAAGCUGAAAAUAAGAAUGUAAUCUGCUAGAUAUGUACACUUUUUCCCUACACCCUUUGCUACAUACUAGAGUCACAUUUACUAAAGAUUUUUGGACAGUGAUAAUGAUGAGUAGUACCAUUUUAUCCAUUCAAACCACUAUGGAUGGCUGGAUAGAUAACUUAUGGCAUCUACUUAAAAUACUUUUUUUGCUAAAAUUCCAAUAGACUAAAAAUUAUUUUUGAUCUAAAGCAUGAUCAAUAAAUCUUGAGCACUGGCAGACUUUAACCCAGACAGUACGGUGAAUGAUAUACACCCCAUGAUGCAUGCCACAGGAAACCUUCAUCAUCUCUGUGGUAUCACCUUACAUCAUUAGCAAAUAGUGGCUGGGCCAAUGUCUGGCAUUAAAUUUAUGCAACUAUGAUAUAUACUGUAUAAUAUAAAGUUAAACAAUAAAUUGUUCAAUCUAUUA